AUGGGUGCGCUGAAGCUUGAAGUGAUUGCGAGUUAUUUCGAUCAAGAUGACGACGAAAUCGAUCCGUACGUCGUUUGUGAGGGAGUCUCCGUUACUGCAUUCAAUAAGUAUGUUGGAGACGGCGAAGGACUGCGGAUUCCACUUCGAUUUCUCGCCCUCUAUGAUGGGCGUAUCGUGAUUGUCGAACUUCCAACGGAAGUGCAUGAGAGUACUGCGGCAGAAUUCACGAGCAAAUUCCUCGGUGCGGCAGGAAAUGAAGACGAGAUAGGAAAACGUGGCUCGAUGACAGCGAGAAGAGCUGCCAACCCAAACAAGGAGGCCGAUGCAACAUUUGGAUCGACGCUGAACCGAACACCACUUCCGACACUUCGCACCGUUGUCCUCAAGGUAUUCAAACGCGAUACGCGCUUUAUGACAUCGCCGUACUUGGCACUCUGCCAGCGCCAACUGCAAGUGGAACAUUUCGACACAACGCUGCUGGAGCUGCUGCCAAUGUCUCCUUCGACAUGCGCCGGAUCUUGUCGAUCCCUGCGAAUCAAGCGCUCCCAACUGGUGUAA